UGCACAUUAUUCAAAAGAAUUUGUAGAUAAGAAACAGUUACAAUGGAGAAUACAGUGAAGUUUUGCAUUGUGUUUUUGAUACUGUUCCAACCAGUUGUUCCGAUAGACUCCAAGUUUUGUAAUGGGAUUAAUGGAAAAUUAGAAUGCUGCACAGGAUACAAGUUGAAUCUUGAACGAAAUAAUUGUAUACCAUGCGACAGAGGUUUUCUGGGGGAGAAUUGUGUCACCAAGUGUCCUUAUCCAACGUAUGGAGAAGACUGUCAGUCUGAGUGUAACUGUAAUGUAUCAUACUGUGAUCAUGUCAGCGGCUGUACAGAGACUUCAGAAGAGCAAUAUUUAAGCCACAAGAUUGUCACAACAGAUCUAAUGAAUAAAGUCAACAUUGUUGAAAGUUCUUUCAGUGCCACAGUAGAAAAUACGACAAUUUACUACUACCCUAAGAAGACACAGUCUAAAAUGAGUUCCACUUUAGUGUUAGCUAUAAUCGGACUAACAGUUGGUGUAAUGAUUCUUAUUUAUCAUACACAAGAGAUUUUCAGAUGGCAGAACCUCUGUGCAAGACGAUUCGGAAAGAGAAAGAAAGAGUCCAAAGGUCAUUGA